AUGGCCUCCGUUUCGCCUGCCAAGUCUGAUAAGACCUGUACCGAGUGCGGGCGGGUAUUCACCAAGGCGGCUCACUUGCUCCGGCAUGUCCGCAGCCAUGUACACGAGAAGCCCUUCAGCUGCAGCGUGUGUGGCAAGGCGUUCGGGCGGACCGACGCGCUGCAACGGCAUGAGCGGACGCUUCAUUCGGCGAAGCGACAGCGAACGAGCAGGUCAUCGCUUUCCGAAGAGCCUAACGACCAGAGCUUGAGCUCCAGCACGUCGCGCCUGUCUGCGGACAUACGGCCGUCGGAGUCGGUUCCUGCCGGAGGGUUGCUGCCAGGAGGAGUGGAGAUCCCAGAAGCUACUGACAUGUCGCAGUCGGCGCCUCUGUUCCCUCCUGCCCAACAGCUCAGCGGUGCAGGCAACAUCCCUCACUUUCCUCCGCCGUCGUUCCUGAGCGGAUUCCCGGCGGCACGCGCCCCAUCGACGUCCUUGGACCUUGACCGGCUGGUGGGCGAGUGGCUCAGCCAGGACGGCGGGGACCUCGUGACCGAGAACGCCCUUGCCAUGAUGUUUUCUGACCAGGGGGACGCCGACCAGGGCGUCCUCUUUGGGGGCGAUAUGUUCGCGCUGCAACAUUCCUGGCCGAGCGGUUUCGCCACAGUCAUUCCCUCGAUGCAGUUCCUAGAUGGCUGCCUGCACCUCUACUUCCGCGAGUUCCACCCUACCUUCCCAAUCAUCCACCGUCCGACGUUCCAACGAGAGCGCACUUCGGCCCUUUUGCUGCUGACCCGUGACAGCGGCCUGUGGAUCUAUGAGAGGCUGCAUUAUGUCAUCAUCGUAACGAGGGACGCCAAGAUGCAGGACGCGGAGAUGCGUCUCGAUGUCAACCUCAGCGCGCUACUAGGCCAGUGCUUCAGCUUCCUCCACGGGAAACCGAAGCACAUGCUUACGGCUGAAUCAUUCCACGCAUUGCUUUGUACGAUGGCGCGACGUAACGGGCUUUCAGGAACCCUCAAGAGCAACCCCAUAUCGUACGCGAAUGUCGAGCACCUGGAUUCCGUGCGCUUGAAGCGCAAGUGGCGAGAAUGGGGUCACCAGGAGACCCUGCGAAGGCUAAGCCUCGGACUGACAAUUCAUGCCGCCGAAUUGACCAUCUUCAGUGGCCUAGCGAGGCUGAUGACGACCCGAGUCUCUCGUGAUGACGCCUUUAGCGAUGCGCUAUUUGAGGCCAAUGAUUCUGAGACCUGGCGCACCCUCCUCCGCGCCUCCGAGCAAGGACAGCUGUCUGCUGUUCAGGUCGGGCUGGGAUCUCUGUCUAGCACACCCGAGACUUUCUAUCCUACUGUACGGCUUGCACAGGCAAUCGUCAACGUGUACAAGGUGCGCGAACUUGUGUCCCUCCCUCACCAGGGCGGCAUACCAUGGCGCACUGUGACGCACUUCUACGACGACAUGGUGCCUGUUGCGCUGGACUGCGGCGUUCUGCCCGUAUCGGCGCACCCCGGGGGGGCCGAUAUCGCGACUCAUACUCGAUCAAUCUCGGCACUGUGGCACUUUGUCUGUGCCACUCGACUGUCGCCGAUGGGUCUCAUCGAGGAAGCGGCUGGCCGCGGUGGGAGCCCAAUGGCCGAGAGUGUGCUUGAGAUCCAGACGUGGGCAGGAUCCCCAGCUGCGCGACUUGCCACCAUUCAUUGCGCAUACGUGCUCCAUUACACCGCGGAUCUGAGGGAUGUUAGCUUCCUCAUCCCUCGUGCCAUUUUCCAGUCCACACUCCUUCUCCUUUGUUUCCUGUCGUUUUCACCGCAGGUUGAGAGCCGGGGUGUGGUGGACGUCCUCCAGGUCAACGAGUGGACUAAGCUAGCAUACAUCUGCGAUAGCGGCAAGAGCCAAGGUGGAUCUCGCGAGGUGGACCAGAUGUCGCAAUUCUGGUCCGAACUGCCACUCGAAACUCCAGCACAACGCUUCGUCGCUGAUGGUGAUUUCACUAUCCAGGUUCGGGGUUUCCUCGAUGGUCGUGAGAAGUUGUUGGACAUUGUCAGGCGAGUUGUACUAGCGUCCGCCGCUGACCUCAGCUUGCGCUCCACGAGUAACCGCUUGCUGCGGAGGUGCACCCCGUGGGGUAUCGGUGACACACUGGGCGACAUUCUCUCGGGCGUGUCCUUCUGA